AUGUCAAGGAAGAAAACAACUGCAAAAAAGCCCGGAAUCAUUCAACAACGAAACUUCCAACAGCAAUUGAAAACUGUUAAAAGUUUAGUCGAGGACAUCGCCGAUUCAGAACAUCCUGAGGAUCACGAGAUUAAAUUGAAAAUCAAGGAGAAAACUGAUCAAGGCUCUCCAUCCUUUACUCAAAACUUCUUACGAAACCGGGGACGAAAAAAUACGUCAAAAACUCAGUCAGACACUUCUUCUUCUGACGCAUUCUUCGAUGAUAAUGGUUUUUUUAACGGAUUUGACAGCGACUCGGAGAGCGAAGACAGUGGGGAAGAUUGCGUUGAACAACAAACCGAGACUCGUGAAUUAACAGAAGUCGAGAGACUCGAAGAGGUUCAGACAGACUUGGAGGAAAAAAUAAAACAAACUAAGGAACUGCUCCAGAAAACAGACCGAACGAGAAAUCAAAGAAUGCAUGGCCAACAGAAGUUGAGGCGACUUGAGCUAAAAGUUGAAAAGUUGGAGCAGCGUCUGGAAAAGGAGAGAGCAGGAAAAACUCGAUGGACUUUUGUGCGCAGGAACGUAAGAAAGCCUAGGGUUGGAUUUCACAGCAGCGAUUUAUUAAAUCGUAAGGUUCCACUGGCCGAACUGUUAGUAGCUUCAUCAGAAAGCCGACCUCAUCUGGCCGAUGUUGUUCUCCAAGAGAUGCAUCGCGAUGCUGCUGGUCAAAAUCAAGUCGACGAUGACCUCUCACCAAAGCUGAAAAAGCUUUUCAAAUCGAAAGAACUCCAUGAAUUUGAGAAAAGUCUUCAAGAAGACGACUCCCAACAGCACAAGAGAUUGACAGAAUGUACAACCGAUGACUUGUCGCCGGUUGAGGUAGCCAAACAGGGACUGAAACAAGACGAGAAUGAAGAAGAAUCUUUGGAAAGCUUCAACAUAGAGCAACUAAAAGAUCGAAAAGAGAUGGAUAAGGGAUGGCUUCGAAUCAGUGACAGGCCUGACGGUUUCAUAAAGAAGAUUCAAGAUGUGUCAGAGACAAAGCAGUCCAAGCAGGCUUGGGUUAACAUCAAUGACCAAGGAAGUCAAAUGUUUGCGAGGAAAGUGUUCCGGGCUCAGGUGAAUGGUGACUCGUUCCUCGCGCGUUCAUUGGACGGGAGAAGAAACACGCUUAGCAAUCGCGGAAAAACAUUGAACGUCGAUAAAAGAAUGUCUGUUUGUGGUUCCGGAGAGACUCAUAUCAACAAUAAAGACAAAAACACAGUCAAACGUGCCGGACUAUCAUCAUCUGCGCAGUCCCAGCGAAAAGCGAUGGUGGUGAAAAUGGACACCGUUACUGGGACGAAUACUUUUCUGCCCCCGAUUCCAAAGUCUGAAGCGAAGAAACGCCCAAAAGACGAACAAGUGGAAAAAGUAAAAGAUGAAAACGACAGUGAGCAACAAAAAGAAAAGGUAAUACUGAUUCCUAAUCGAAGGCGACUGGCCAGAAGAAGAAUCCAGAUUUACCUAAAACAGCUGGAAUUUCUCAAGUCACACAAACUAGACGAAAAGGAGGUUGUAGAGAAUAUAGCAUCCUCAGUCGAGGACUACCAAGGCGGCAAAUCAAAAGAAGGAAAGAAGGAACAUGACGCAAAAACAACUCCACGGAAAACUUUGUAUUUAAUUGGAGCAUUGUCAAAAAAUCACCUUUACCCUCCCACAGCGCUGCCGAAUGAUCGAUAA